AUGUUCAGAGUAUUUGGAACAUCUGCUGCGCCGUUGGACGACAAAGAGAAGAUGCGAAACAUUACCGUCACUCUGCCCGAGGGUACACAAAUUUUGAACGACUCCGAGAUUAUUUGCACGCCCGCCAAAUGGAAAGACAUCGCCAUCUUCUUCCUUGUAAACUACGUCACACAUGCACUCACGACCGUCGUUCUCCCCGGCGAAGGUUGGGAGUCCUACCUGACCAACGCGCUCGCUUCACUCAUGUUCCCCGGGUUUGGCGCUUACCGUGGCCUGCGAGCCAUCUUUGUCGGCUGGGCGACGGUGCGCAAGCGCUUUAGGUCUGAACCGUGGGAGCAGGGGGAUACGAAGAACGUGCAUAAGCAUAAAGCGAGGAGGGCGCGCGAUUUGCAGAAAGCGAGGAGAGCUGGAGCGUUAUGUAUGGUUGUGAGGUCUAGUGACUGGGUGCCCGGAGAUGGCGAUGAGAUCGAGAAGAAUGUUAUUCUGGUCCAGGGUUCGUCGAGGGAGAGUUUCCUCAAUGGGAAAAGCAAGAAAGAAGCGGUGGUCACGGAGCAGGACAUGGACGAUGACCAGGCUCUGCUGCGAGAUUCGCACUUCGAAAUGAGGAGCAUGUCGGGAAGCACAAGUGCGCUUGGGAUCCAGCUGCACACGUACUCUACGCCUUGGACGUACUGUAGGAAGCGCUGCCCAGAUUCUGUCGGAUCGAGAACGAUACGUUGUGCACCUGCAGAGCUCUCACCAGGGUAUUCCAUCAUCAUGGUCCCGGCAUGCACUCCCGUUCGCAACCUCAUCGAUGAUGCUGCAGUCGAUCGUAUCAACUCAAACUACGACAUCAUGAGAGGUCUUGUCGCGCUAGUGCAAGCUCUGCUUGCCAUCCAGACCCUCUAUCAGACACGUGGCAAUCAGGUGGAGAGAUUUGGAUAUGCUGCUUUCGGACUAACAGUUGCACCCUACGCAGUCAUGAGCUUGGUUAAUCUCCUGGGUUCGCUCGCAAGGCCCGAUUACGAUGCUGUGUACAUGGUUGGCUCGCCUGUCAUGGAGGAAGAACGAAGAAGAAAAGGUCUGGACGGGUACUACGAUGGCGUGGUCGGCGAAGUCUUCGAAGCAGACACUGAUAGGAACGAGUCAUUCGCUGACAACAAAGUCGAGGAGGGGUCGCAGUUUGUCAAGAGCCCGGUCAAGUUCGUCACUGUGAACAAGGAGCUGUAUGUCAAGUUCGCAAACUGGGGAGUGAUUGCGUCUCCAUUUUACCAUGCACCUGACGAAACCUUUCUCAAGGUGAGUACAAGCGGUAUGACACCAGAUUCUGCGGCACCCUGGUCGUUGUUCGUCCCGAACGCAUCACCUUUCUCCUACAAUCGCGCAAAAAAAGGAGACAUUAGUGACCCUCUACCUUCCCCUCUCGUCCUCGACACCGUCAAGUGGCCUGGCAAGCUUCUUCCCCGUAGCACGCGCUAUAUCAAACGCAGCCGCUACUUUGCGUUCAUCCUUUCGCUCUCCCCAGUCAUCAUUAUCUUUGUACUUUCGAAAUUUAGGUCAGGCAGCAGUACGAUCUUCCAGCAGGCCAUUACCAUGCUUUGGUUGGCGUGGGGUAGUGCAAUCGGAUUCCUUGUCGCGAAGUACGAGAAGAAGGAUACGAUUGGCGAGAAGGUCGACGGUGUGACAAGAGUACGUAGCGUAUUGGUGAAGGCAGUUUUCUUCCUAGUGCUAGGUUGGCCUGCGGUUGCUGGGUGGUGGGUUGUGGCGGAGAUGCUGCUGGACUAUGGGAAGUGCGUCAAGUUGCCUGGCUAG